CCCUGCAGUAACUGACCUUACACCACUUCCACAUUUCAUUUGGGUACUACCAACUUUUUCCCAGUUCUGUGGAUGUGAUGGACAUGUUUCAGCACCACUGCCUACCAUGUACGUCAUAACUGAGUGGGAUCGACUCUGUCCUCCUGCAAAGCCCUUGGAACUCCCCCUCACAGUCAAAUAUUGUGAAUGAGCUCAUUUGUUAUUCUCUGAACUUUAGUGUGAGCACUUGGCUUCUUGUGGUGUUCUGAUGACCAGAACUUCUCCUUUGCAAGUACCUGUAACGAGCCAGACUUUUUCAAGGAAUUUCUUCAACAUUGCUGCACCACUAGUAAACAAAAGAAAAGAAUAUUCUGAAAGAAGAAUUAUAGGGUAUUCUAUGCAAGAAAUGUAUGAAGUUGUUGCUGUUGUGGAGAAUUACAAACUCUUUGUUCCUUGGUGUAAAAAGUCAGACAUACUCUCGAAGCGCUCUGGGUACUGCAAAGCACAGCUGGAAAUAGGAUUCCCUCCUGUAGUAGAGAACUACACAUCAGUUGUUACCCUAGUGAGACCACAUUUAGUUAAGGCAUCGUGCACAGAUGGAAAACUAUUUAAUCACUUGGAAACAGUGUGGCGUUUGAGCCCAGGUAUCCCUGGAUAUCCAAGGACAUGUACAUUGGAUUUUUCAGUUUCUUUUGAAUUUCGUUCACUUCUACACUCAAAACUUGCUACACUGUUUUUUGAUGAAGUGGUAAAGCAGAUGGUUGCUGCCUUUGAAAGAAGAGCAUCCAAACUCCAUGGCCCAGAAACCAGCAUACCUCGGGAGCUGAUGCUCCAUGAAGUUCAUCAGACGUAAAGGGACAACUGUAACCACCUCAGUUACAACCUUGUUUGUACACUUCAUUUGUACUAAGUGCCGUGCUCCACCUUUGGGGCAUCUAUUUCUUAUCUGAGCUGUGUGUUAAGAUUUUAUACUGUACCAAACGUACCUGCUCAGCCAGACCUGUAUAGAAAGUUCAAAAGCUGCAAUCAAGUGCAACUUAAAGCCUUAUCAGUAACAGACAACAGGCAGCAACUGUAACCCAAGAUAUCUCAGGCUGCCCUUAACGUGCCCAACGGCUCCUGUAAUCACGGUCCAAGUUCUGCCUUAUCCAAGCUCAUGAUUUUUCUUUUAGCACUGUAACAUAUUAACUCAAGUUUAAGUUAUUAGUAGUGUGACUGUAAUUUAACAGCACCAACUCAGCCAGCUCUGGCCAAGCCAAGGGAAAACGACAUUCUGGCUUCACAGAGAACGGAACACUUUGCCAAGCACCGACUGGUGGGUGCUUUCAAUCCACAUGAAUGGCAAAGGUGAGUCGGGAAUCUCUGGCUGCUCCUGAACUGACCUGCAACUGCUAUAGAACACCCUCAACUGUCAGAAACUAAAUGCAGGGGAUACACAUAAGGAGUACUGUAAUCUGAGUGCAGCAGUCUCAGCUGCAGCCAGGGGUUCCCAGUGGAUCCGUCUGGGCUCCAGAAACCGAUCACUCUGCAGUACAUUUGGCAGGCUGAGCUUGCCCCCCCCUCCACUCCUGCACCCUUAAAGUAGCACUUUGGUUAGUUACUCAUCUAAUGCAAACAGUUCCCACACUGUAAAACAAGGAAGUGUUACCUCUUUGAGAGCAAGGGACCACAGUACUGUCCUCUCUUGGAAGAAGGGAACAAGAUGUCCUCUGCUCCCUGCAGCCAAGCACACCCACAGCCAGCUGUCAUUAAAAAGCAUACAAGAGCACUAAAACCCUUAGUUCUUAGGGGGUUUUCAUUACUAUACUACCAUUUUAUUCUCAGCCCAUUACGAUAGCACCAGCUGUCCUGAUUAAAUCCACAUUCAGUACUUCUGUCCCUGGCAUAAUUAUUCUUUCCAGUCUCUGAAGACACACAGGUGAAUAGGUUUGAAUAGAUUUUAAAUCCUCACUGUGUGCUGCCUUGCAUUACCCAAUUUCCUUACUGAAAUUAGGUGAAGCUCUAGGUCAGGUGCUGAAGCUGGUCCUUUCUCCAAAGUGUCUGUAACCCACGUGGUUACUACAGCACAGCAUGUUAGGUAACAUAGGAAGGUUAUGUUUCAGAAUAAAGACAGCCCUCAAACAGUUUCAGAUUGUUUACUUUUCCAGAAAGAGGAGUUGCCAUGUCACAUGUCCCCUCUGUGAAGGACAGUUAUUAAGGGCAGGAAGCUGAGGAAAGUGACAGCUGGAUUGAGGCCAGUUUUACAGCACUGAGAAAUUGUACAGCAAUUUCGUUUGUUGAGGCAAUCAGAGAUGAGCAUACAGAAGUUUGGGAACACCAUUGUUCUGCAGUUUGGAAAGCAGACGACUUUACACAUCACUGAUACUAGCUUUGUCAGGUCAAAGAACCCAGUAAGUGCCAAAGCAACAUUUCUAACGGUAAAACAGCAUCUAGUGCAAAAUAAAUUCUGCAACCCAUUACCAGGAAGACAAGACUGGAAGGCUUAAAGUGAGGAGGUAACCAUAUGUUACACCUGAUCAAAGGAACUGUUUAAAACCUCCCCAAACCCUUUCUUAGGCAAGACUUACCUGUUUGAUACCCUCAGGGCACUUCCCUUCCACUGUGAAAGGUGCACUGGGCCUGUUCGAGCACAUGAAACAACCAGCAUAGACAGGGCAAAAUAAAGCCAGUGCACGUGCCUUGUUUUCAGAGCAUUGUUUAAUAUUUCAAAGAACUGUAGUGCAGUUCAGCUUAGGUAUUUCUUACCAAAAUUAAAGUCACUUGCAUUUCUGAGAAACAUUCUAGACAAAGGAAUGUUUCUCAGCGUGAAAUGCCCUGUCAUUUUUUCAAGCAUUAAGUGUCUAUUUCUAGUAAAUCUUAGAGGCAGGCUGUCCAGGCUCUCCCAUAACUAUGGCAGAUGAAAAAGGUGAUACAUUUUUGUAACUUUUGAGCAGUUUAUUACAUAAAGGUCACAUAACUCUAUUUGCCUACUUUGUACACAAUUGUCUAGUCUCACGCACAGUGGCUUCCAAGUUCUUCCUAGUACUGGCAAGCACCAAGAAAUUCUGUAAUAGAAUAUCAAGUGCCUUAAUUAAGUUCAAAUCAGGACCUUGGUAGAUGGAUCUUGCACCCAGUUAUCAGGAAUGUACAAAUGUCUUUAUUCAAAAAAUACAAAAUAAAUUAUCUGUAGGCAUGGACAAUGACUGUAAACAAUUACACGUGUGUUAAAUGAAAUCCA